UGAUCUUGACAAUGAAGUCGGUCGCUGUUUCUCUUGUUGCCCUUUUGCCCUUUGUCUACGCCCAGUCUGGGCUCUACCAACAAUGUGGUGGGAUUGGAUGGAGCGGGGCUACGACCUGCGUCUCUGGCAGCGUUUGCACAGAGCUGAACGAUUACUACAGCCAGUGCUUGCCUGGAACGGCUACUACGUCGUCGUCCUCUCCUGCACCUUCUUCGCCCGCCUCCUCCAUUCCAUUCAUGGGUGGUGUCAACACGGCUGGAUAUGACUUUAGUGUUGCAACCAACGGAUCAUUCUCCGGAACUGGAGUGUCCCCACCCGUUGAUCAAUUCACUCACUUUGCGAGCCAAGGAGCUAACAUUUUCCGCAUCCCCUUCGCUUGGCAACUGAUGACACCUACCGUCGGAGGCUCCAUCAACGAAACUUUCUUCCAAAUCUACGAUACGACGGUUCAGGCCGCAUUAUCGUCCGGUAGCAACGUCCAUGCAAUUCUGGAUGUGCACAACUAUGCUCGGUGGAAUGGUGAAAUUAUUGCUCAAGGUGGACCAACAAACGACCAAUUCGCUUCUCUUUGGUCCCAGAUUGCUGAGAAGUACGCGAGCGAAUCUCGCGUAAUCUUCGGUGUCAUGAACGAGCCGCACGACAUUCCAGACCUCAAGGCCUGGGCUGGCUCCGUUCAAGCUGCUGUUAACGCGAUCCGUGCGGCUGGAGCGACGUCUCAAUUGAUUCUGAUUCCUGGAUCCAGUUAUUCGUCUGCUCAGGCUCUCCCGACUGAAGCAGGUCCUGACCUUCUUACUGUGACCGAUCCUGCAGGAGGCACUUCUAAGCUGCUCUUCGAUGUUCACAAGUACCUCGACAGCGACAAUUCAGGUACUCACCCAGACUGCACAACCGACAACGUACAGGUCCUUCAAACGCUUGUCAGCUGGCUCAAGUCCAACGGUAACCGUCAAGCUAUCCUUUCCGAAACAGGUGGUGGAAACACUGCAUCAUGCGAGACUUUACUGAACAACCAGCUCGCUUUCGUCAAGUCCAACUCCGACUCGCUUGUUGGGUUCACCACCUGGGCCGCUGGAGCAUUUGACACGACAUACGUAUUGACCGAGACGCCAUUCAAGAACGGGACUGACCAGGCUCUGUGGACCGCAGCUAUCCGACCAAAUCUUCCUUGAUUGCGUACUCUACUUCCUUCGCGAGACCAUUUGCAAAGUUCUCAAAGGCUUUAUUGUAAUUUUUGUUGGGUUUCUUCGGGGUUCUUUAAAUUCGGUUCCGCGACUGCUGCAUCACCAAAACGUGCAGAGUCUGACAAGGCAAUAUAUUUACAUGUAGACUUUAUAAGCGAAUAUAAGGAUCCACAAUAUGUAAAAAAUAUAUGUCUUAGCAGUAAAUUCCAAUACAUUUUCG